GGUGGAGGUAUGUGAUAUACACAGUCCUCCUGACCAGUGCUGCCACCCUGUGUAAAGAACAGGGUAUCACAGUCAUAGGGGUGUGCUGUGUGUACGACGUCUUCAUCGCACAGAGGAAAACAAUACAAGACCUUCUGUUCACUGCAUACACACUUGUGUCGGGAAAGUCAGGUCUUCCUCCGUGGUUGAAGAGUUCCAUAGCUCGUAACCUACUACUCGUUGUGAGCACAGCCUGUUUGAUGCUCGCCAGGGUGAAGGUCAUGGGGGCACAGCUGCCUGUCUUCACAAGAUUUGACAACCCAGCCUCCGUGUCCCCCUCCCCCACCCGACAGCUCACCUUCAACUACCUCCUGUCAAUCAACGCCUGGCUCCUCCUCUUUCCAUCAGAGCUGUGCUGUGAUUGGACGAUGGGAACUGUGCCUUUGGUAGAGACUUUUAGCGAUCCCAGAAACCUUUGCACACUAGCCUUCUGGGUAACCAUGGCCAAGUUGGCUCACUACGCUUUAACUUGUGACGGGAAACGAGCUAAAGCUACAAUUAUGGCCUUAUCUCUGAUGGUGCUUCCGUUUCUCCCAGCAUCCAAUCUGUUCUUCCCAGUAGGCUUUGUGGUGGCCGAGCGGAUCCUGUACAUCCCCAGUAUGGGCUUCUGUUUACUCGUUGCCAUGGGAACCAGCCUGCUAGCCAAGCAAAGAAACCUUAAGUACGUCACAUAUGCUGCUGUCUUCUCUCUACUUGUCUUCCACAGUGCCAAGACAAUCAGAAGAAAUUUUGACUGGGAGUCGGAGUAUAGUUUGUUCCAGUCUGCGCUGAAGGUGAACACGAGAAACGCAAAGCUGUGGAACAACGUUGGCCAUGCCCUAGAGAACCAGGACAGACAUGCAGAGGCCCUGGAAUACUUCCUCCGAGCUGCUGGAGUGCAGCCUGAUGACAUAGGAGCUCACAUGAAUGUUGGGAGAGCCUACAAAAAUCUGGAGCGGUUUCAGGACUCCGAGGAGGCAUACAGGAAAGCCAUGGCGCUGAUGCCCUCUGUCAUCCCUGGUAAGAAGUACGCCACGCGAGUCGCGCCCAGUCACCUGAGUGUGUACGUGAACCUGGCCAACCUGAUCCGAGAGGACGACACCAGACUUAUGGAGGCAGACUCGUUGUAUCGCCAGGCCAUCAGUAUGCGUCCAGACUUCACGCAGGCGUACAUUAAUCGCGGGGAGGUUCUCAUGCGGCUGAACCGCUCCAAGGAGGCGCAGCAGUCGUACGAGACGGCGCUACAACUGGACAGCGACAAUCCCGACAUCCAUUAUAACUUGGGAAUCGUGCUGCUGGAACAAGGAGAGAGAAGCCAGGCACUGAAGUGUCUGUCUAAAGCACUGCAGUUGGACCCUCAUCAUAAGCAAUCCCUGUUCAACUCGGCGGUGAUGAUGCAGGAGUCGGGCGACCCGGCGCUGCGCCCGGAGGCGUACCGACGUCUGCACGAGGUUCUGGAACAGGAGCCGCAAAACGAGAAGGUGUACUUCAACCUGGGCAUGCUGUCCAUGGACGACAAGAACUUCACCGCAGCUGACCAAUGGUUUAGGAAGAGUAUACAGGUCAGGGAUGUGAUGGGGGUUUCUAGAAUAUACAUAUUGGUAGAGAAGAAGGUCUACUUCAACCUGGGCAUGCUGUCCAUGGACGACAAGAACUUCACCUCAGCUGACCAAUGGUUUAGGAAGAGUAUACAGUUGAAGCCAGAUUUCCGCAGUGCCUUGUUUAACCUGGCCCUGAUGCUGUCCCAGAUCAGGAGAGACCUGGAGGCCUUACCUUACCUGGACCAGCUCCUCCUACACUUCCCUCAUCACAGCAAGGGCCUCAUCCUCAAGGGGGACAUUCUCAUGAACAAAGUUAAGGAUGUGGAGGGAGCCAAAAAGUGCUUUGAGAAAAUCCUGGAGACAGAACCAAAGAACAUCCAGGCCAACCACAACCUGUGUGUGGUGUACUUCGAGCAGGGAGACCUGUACCGUGCCGAGAAGUGCCUUGCCAAGGCGCACGAGUUAGCGCCUCAGGAGGACUACAUUGUAAACCACUGGAACAUCAUCAGGAGCAAGAUACAGCAGGCUGAGAUCGCCAGGAGGAAGGAACAGCAGCUGCAGAGGGAGAAGGAACAGCAGCAGUUGGAACAGCAACAGCAGCUGCAAAGGGAGAAGGAACAGCAGCAGUUGGAACAGCAACAGCAGCUGCAAAGGGAAAAGGAACAACAAAAGAAGUUGGAAAGGGAGAGGGAACAGCAACAGCAGCUGCAAAGGGAGACAGAACAGCAACAACAGCUGCAAAAAGAACAGCAAUUGGAACAGCAAGGACAGUUGCAAAGAGAAAAGGAGCAACAACAGGCAGAAAGAGAAAGAGGAUAAACCUCCUCAGAUGAACUGGUAAGGUUUUACUAGCUAGAUCUGAAUAAAAAUGCACAACAUAGAUGAGAGAGACUUAAAGUAUCUAUAUUUUUGCAAGACUAGCUAUUAGUAGAAAUGUCACAUUGACAAAAGUAUCCUACUUGUAUGUUUUAACUUCUUUAUUUUGGUUCAGUUUAGGCUAGCAUUUGAAGUUUUGUGCCAGAGGCAACUGAUAUAUACUGAUGAAGCAAAGGCAUUGCAAGGAAUCUUUGCCAAAAGAAGAAUUGUUGUCGUAGACAGUUAGAUAAGACUCGACUACAGAAGUCUUUCAGGUUUUCACAUUAUGUGUGACAAAUCUUCUCAAACAUAUCUACUGUCAUUUUAGUCUUCCUUCAUGUCUUGAGAAACCUUGUUGCCAAGUCUACUCAAGAUUGAAAGUUAAUGAGCACUUUGGAGUGAAAGAGUAUUUCAUAAAAUUUUACAAUGUUUGAAGUAUAGCUUUUAGAGCUGUUGUAAGAGAAAAAUUCCUUAAGUUUUUAAGAAAGGGACAGAACUGCAGUUUGACAAGAAUCCAUUAGAUGUAUGUAUUGUUCAUUUCAUAUACUUUUACCUUCGGGUUCUUUUCCAUAGCGGCCCUUAGAUAUUUUGCAGAUAUUUGCAGUGGUGGCCCCUUUUGGUCAUAUUUUUUAAUAGAUACCUUUGCACAGAUGUGAUGUUACUGUUGUGUAACAGUAGUCUUUCAUCAUGUGGAAUAAUCAUUUUCUAUAAGGUUUGGCCACGCCAAUUUUAUUUGUUGUUUCUCGGAUUUUUUCAGAAAAAAUUGGGUCAGUCA